AUGAGUGGGGAAGUGUUGGCUCGCAUGAUUGAUUCCGGUCAAGUCAAGAAUAUUGUUCGUCAUGGUUUGAAGAUCGAGCCCUACCGAAGCAUUCUUUGGGAACACAUGAUACAACUAUCAGACAAACGUGCAUUGUUGAAGAAACUACUUCAGAAUUCCGAUGAAGAGCAUGAUGGGGCCUCAUGGAAAAAUGAUCUCAUCACAUUGUCGGAUGAAGCUACGAGAUCCGCAUCUUCAAGGGUAUUGUCAGCGUUAGUGAAAUGGAGUCCCAAACUGUCGAAGUGGAAUGAUCUUCCUCGAGUUGUUUUCCCUUUCGUCAAAUUGUGUGGUAUUGACGUUGAGCUCGGGCUUGCGUGCUCCAUGGUUGUGCUUAAUAAUUAUUUUCGUUGUGGUUUGAUAACAUUGGAGCUUGAGCCUCCUUAUCAAGUUCUAGGAGGCGUUGAGAAAAUUCUCCUGUAUUUCGAGCCGACUUUGAUGAGACAUUUGACCAAAUUGGAUGCCAAUGCACUGAUUUCUUCCCGCGUACUAAUGAUGUCUUCGCGUUCCUUCACGCCGAAGAAACUUCAGUAUGAUGCUGUUGCUGAAGCGAACUCGGCUAAUAAAGAAAAUCGUAGUUCGGAUCAUACUGGGCUUCCGACCGUUUGCACUCCCACGCCCGAAGACAGCUACGAAUGCAUCGGAGAAAAGCCUGAGUCAGACUUCCAUGCGUCUGCGGAUGGAGAUUCUGUUUCGCCAUCUUUAUCCGCUAAUCAUUUUUUGAGGAGGAAUACGUGGCUGAGAACAAGCUUGAGGAGCAAGCCAACGAACUCUGUCGAGGAAACACCAGCGCAAAAUCACAAGAGAUGUGGAUCGCUUCGCAUGACUGUGAAGUUCAUGAUCGCCUGCAGGGAUCGGAUUAUCCUUGGGUUCCAUCAGGCGAAUAUUCUUGUUGAGGAAAAUGAAGCCUUUUGUGACAGCGAGAAUCAAAUCGAUUUUCGAGUAGUCGGCCCCGUUGAUGUUUCUUUGCUUUCUUCCAAACCACACCACUACUGGCCUGGGAGUCAAUUUCAUGAAUUUUCUGCGGGAAACGCGGGUGGAUUAUUGAAGCGUGGACGGCGGUUGUGUGUGUCGUGGCUUUCCGGUGAAAGAGCCGCAUUGUUCCGCCGACGCUCAUUGUGCCAUCAAGGCGAUUUGUGGUUCCGCGAGAAUCGGUCCCGAACGAAAAGGGACCCGGCUGGAGACGAACUAUCGAAACUGAUGGGUUCACGGGCUCUGAAAGAUUAUCUAGCUUUGGAAGGAACGUUGGCGAGUUGCUGA